GGAAGUGACAUUCUAGGCUGCUUGGCAUAGAAUGUGGCUGGUAGUAUUACUGUAAAUCCUGACUGCUCCCUGGCACCGUGACGUGGGCUGCGUGGGGGUAAUCUCCAGCUCCACGGUCUACACCCUGCCCUUUCAGCGCCGGUGAUGCAGAAAUAUUUACGAAGAAAAUGAAUAAGCAGGAUAUGGCUGACGAGGCUCUGUUCCUCCUCCUGCACAAUGAAAUUGUAUCGUGUGUUUACAAAUCCACCGAACAGGGGGAUGUGGAAAAUGGAAGGUGCAUCACUAAAUUGGAGAACAUGGGGUUUCGAGUAGGACAGGGUUUAAUAGAGAGAUUUACCAAGGAUACAGCCAGGUUUAAAGAUGAGUUGGAUAUCAUGAAAUUUGUGUGCAAAGAUUUCUGGACAACAGUGUUUAAGAAGCAGAUUGAUAACCUUCGAACAAACCAUCAGGGCAUAUAUGUGCUUCAGGAUAACAAGUUCCGUCUAAUAUCCCCAAUGUCUGCUGGAAAGCAAUACUUGGAACACGCUCCUAAGUAUUUGGCUUUCACUUGUGGGUUAAUCAGAGGAGGGCUGUCUAAUUUAGGAAUCAAGAGUAUUGUGACCGCAGAAGUUUCUGUAAUGCCGGCAUGCAAAUUCCAAGUGAUGAUUCAGAAGCUGUAGUUUGUGAGUAAAUAGGAAUAACCCAUGCUCAAAGCUGAAGGAGGCAUUCACACAAGACAAUACCUAACUUGACUUUCUACUAUGCGUCUGCCAUAAGCGAACAAAUACCUUGCUCGUACGAAAACAAACUUAUUUUAGACUUAUUUUUUACCUCUGUAGUUCUGUAUGAAACCCAAACGUAA